AUGUCUGUGAGUACGAAGCCAAUGACAAAUCUUCGGUGUCUAAAAAAUAUCUUUGAAAGAUAUAUGCAUAUAAAUGUUCAAAGUGAUAUACAAUUGAGUUAUAAUAACAGUUCAGAGGGCCCAGUCAUCAGUAGGCUACAUCAUGGUGAUUCAGUUGAUCAAAUAAACUACUUAUGUCACAGUCCAAGUGUCAGCAGUAUUUUUCUUAAUCAGAGUAUUCUGCUCAUGCAAGAUACUAUGUUGAUAAAUGAUAUAAUGACGGUAUACAAGGAACUUAAAGGAAAUGACGGAAGAUUAGAAAUUCAGGCAUAA